AUGAUAACCAAAAUGAUACAGGAUAGAUAAAGGAAAACAUAAAACAUAGAUGAAAAUGAAUUGGAUUCUUUCAAUCAAUAUUUACAAAAGGACAAUCAACAGAUGAUAUAAUGUUCCAAAAUUAAAAUGAAUCUCGGAAUGCCUGUGAUUGCAGAAUAAUUAAAUGAAACACUAGCCAAUACUCGUUAAUCGAUCAUAUCUUAAAGUAAAACUCGGUCACCCGAGAAAAAAGCCAUAGUAAUAGAAGAUAUAAAACUGAAUAUUCGAAUAGUAUUCAAAUUUUACACUAGUUUUGGUAAUCGAAACAACACUCGAUUUCUUAAGUCUAAUAAAUUUAUUAAAAUGCUCUCCGACGCUCAGAUAUCACCUCAAUUGUUAUCCAAUAGGGAUUGCGAGAUUUUGUAUGCCUCUCACACAAAGAAUAAUGAAAGUCUCACGCUCGAAUAAUUUUAAAAUCUAAUUCCUAAAUUGGCUAUGAUGAUAUAUCCAUAACAGAAUGUACGUUAAGCUUUUUUAAAUUUGUACAAUGAGUAUUUGUCUAUCCUGUCACAAAAAAUAUUGAAUUUUACUGAAUUCGGACAAUAGAUACAAUUUGUAUUGUAACCCAUCAAUCACGAAAUGAAGGAAUUUGUUAUGCCAAUCUUAUAACAAUUAACAAAUCUACAUAAAUUUAUCUUUGAGGAUCAAAGUUCGAAUUUAAGUAAAGUAUAAUGGUAGUUCAUGCAGUUCUUGAACUUAUGUGAAUUAUUGCCAAAUUACAUAAAUUAAUCUUAAGCUUAGAUGAUAUUUGAUAAUAUUUAGAUUCGAUAACCUCUAUUCAAUUUAUAGGAAACUGGAAACUAUAUAUUCACCCUGAAUAACUUUGUAGAAAGUUUAAUAAUUAUCUCUAAAGCUAUACCAAAUCUAGAUGAGUUCACUUAAUUUAGAUUGCUUUUAGAUAAAAUUGAAAAUUCAUAGGCUUUUAGUUAAUACCUUCUAAAAUUGAAUAGAACUUAAAGUGAUAAAGGAAGAUUGUUUUACAAUAUUGAGAAAAGUAGAUUGUGUAAAUGGGAUAAUUAUAAUUAAUAAAGUCAAAUAAUGAACAGUAGUUAAAAUAAUUAUGUAACUCAUGCAAAUAAUUAAAAUACCUAUGUUGGAAGUACUAAUUCGAAGUCGAAUGAAAGUAGAGCAAAUAUAUCAUUAAUGAAGUAAUCUAAGGUUAUGUUGGAAAUUGAUUAAUAAACUCUUACAUCUCUAAAGAGACUGUUUGAAUUUUAUGCUUAAAGUGGAGAACCAACUAAUAUAUAAUCUCUACAAAAAAGUAAAUUUAACAAAUUAUUAUUGCACACUGGAAUUCUGAAUAAUAUUAUACCAUAAACUGAAGCUGAUGUGAUUUAUUCAAAGCUCUGUGGGGCUCAAUCUAUAAAAACAUCAUAAAAAAACAAUUAGUUAACGAAUGGGAAGAUGACAUUUGCUUAGCUUUAAUCAAGCAUUGGGUUGAUAGCAGAUAAGUGCGGCAUGGAAGUGAGUGAUCUCAUUUAAUAGCAUUUAUUACCACUAGAGAAAUAGAUUUCUGAUGAAAAUAAAGAAUAAAUAUUGUAAAUUUUGGUUGAACUCCUAUAGGAUGAUCAGAUUAUUUAAUUAUAUGAAAUAAUCUAACCUGUUUUUAAUUGGUAUUUUUAAGAAUAUUCUAAAUAAUAAUAAAAUUAAAUCUUAAGUCUCCCAGAAUUUUUAAAAUUUUGUUAAGAUUUUGAACUCUCAAAUAUUUUAAUUUCACAAACUUAAUUAACUUAGGUAUUUUAUUCAGUUGCCUCACUUAAUUAAGAAGGACAGGAGUAUUCUGAUUAAGUAUACCUUGAUAAGUCUUAGUUUGUGGAAACGAUAAGCAUCAUAGCCAUAAUCAUAUAUUAAACCAUACCAAACUAUAUUUAAAGAAUUGUUUAUCUUUUGGAGAGGAUAUUUUAGUCUCAGAAUGCCUCAAAGAUUUAUAUUAAAUAAAAUAAGUAUCGAAAUAACUAUAUUAGAUUAUAAGCAAAAUUCUUUGGUAUAUUAGAUGAAAUUAAAUAUAGAUUCCUUUAGAAGGAGUCAAAAUAAAAUGAGAAUGAAAAUUAUAAUUUUGAUGACCUGGUAAAUGGUACGAUAUAUAGAUUGCAAUGA